GUCAGUCGUCAGUCAUCACCGUGGCACCGUGCCCACGGCCACGGGCAGAAAAAAGAAAAAACGACGUUAGCUUUCCCCCUAAACAACGCAUGCUUGUUAUUAUUUACGGCUCGCGCGGCGUUGCUCUGCUCGUCUGUGCUCGGUUCGCUUCUGCUCCACCGGUCUCGCGCGCGCCAGCUUUGCUAGCUGCAGCGGAAGCGGCCGGAUAAGAUAUGGCCAAUGGUGGAGCGGCGUCGCGUGGCCCUCCCGACGGCUCGCCGGCCGCGCUGGUGCAGCAGCCCCUCCUCCACGCCUACGAGGCGCGCAAGGAGGACCCGGCGGCGUGCGACGGAGAGGCGCACGGCUUCGGCCCCGCAGAGCCCGACGGCGGCGCGAGCUUCGUGCGGACCUGCUUCAAUGGCCUCAACGGCCUCUCCGGCGUCGGGCUGCUGUCCAUCCCGUACGCGCUGUCGGAGGGCGGGUGGCUGAGCCUGGCGCUCCUGCUCGUCGUCGCGGCGGUGUGCUGCUACACGGGCCUGCUCCUGCAGCGGUGCAUGGACGCGUCCCCGGCCGUGCGGGGCUACCCGGACAUCGGCGCGCUCGCGUUCGGGCGCGGCGGCCGCCUCGCCGCGUCCGCGUUCCUCUACGCCGAGCUCUACCUCGUCGCCAUCGGCUUCCUCAUCCUGGAAGGGGACAACCUGGACAAGCUGUUCCCGGGCACCAGCCUCAGCCUCGGACUCGGCCUCGGCGACGGUGGCGCCGCCCUCCUCGUGGUCUCCGGGAAGAAGCUCUUCGUCGUGCUCGUCGCCCUCGUCAUCCUGCCCACCACGUGGCUCCGGAGCCUCGGCGUGCUCGCCUACGUGUCCGCCAGCGGCGUGCUCGCGUCGGCCGUCGUCGUCGUCUGCGUGCUGUGGACGGCCGUGGCCGACGGCGUCGGGUUCCACGCCAGGGGGAGGAUGCUCAACGUCAGUGGCCUCCCCACUGCUCUGGGCCUCUACACCUUCUGCUACUGCGGCCAUGCCAUUUUCCCCACGCUCUGCAACUCCAUGAAGGAGAAGAAAAGGUUCUCCAGGGUGCUUGUCAUAUGCUUCGUCUUGUGCACUCUCAACUACGGAUCCAUGGCGAUCCUCGGCUACCUCAUGUACGGCGACGACGUCAAGUCCCAGGUGACGCUGAACCUGCCCGAGGGCAAGAUCGGCUCGAAGCUAGCGAUCUACACCACGCUGAUCAACCCCUUCUCCAAGUACGCCCUGAUGGUGACGCCGCUCGCGACGGCGGUGGAGGAGAGGCUGCAGCUCGCCGCCGGCUCCGGCUCCGGGUCUGGCCGCGGCAGCAGCAGCAAGAGGUCCGUGAACGUGCUGGUCAGGACGCUGCUGGUCGUCAGCACGGUCGUCGUCGCGAUCGCCGUGCCCUUCUUCGGCCACCUCAUGGCGCUCGUCGGCUCGCUCCUCAGCGUCAUGGCCGCGAUGCUGCUCCCCUGCAUCUUCUACCUCAAGAUCUUCGGCGUGGCGCGCUGCAGCAGGGCGGAGGUCGCGCUCAUCGCCACCAUUAUUGUUCUGGGCUCCGUGGUUGCCGCGGCCGGGACGUACGCUUCUGUGAAGAAGAUUGUUCUCGACUACUGAAGAACAGAGGCACGUCUGAAAAAUGUCGGUGACAGUGUCACAGUCGGCGUUCUUUUGCAGCGAUCAACAGUUCCAUAUCUCAACACAGCAGAUUAGUUUGAAGUUUGAACCAGUUAGAAGGUGAUGUUUGUAGACACGAGGGAAGGAGAUGGAGGAAACAGUGCUGUACUGAUGAAAAGAUAAUAGGGUGAUCUGUUUAUAUAUGGGCGUGUGCGCUACUAUUUCAUCUUGAAGCUUGUAUGACUGAGCAUUAGCCAUUGACUUCUUUUUGUAAUAGAGUGUGUUUGGUUUAGGGAAUCAACCCAUUUUAGAUAAGGGAAUGUAUCGUGAGUCCAUCUCUUAAAUUUAGUGGAAUGACUUUGUUAGUCA